AGUAUCACUCUCUCGCUUGUAGCCUUUGCGCGAUUUAAGAGAAGUAUAUGACGAAUUGUCGAUCGCGUACAAAGCGGAAGUUGAUCUCUCAUGUGUUUACAAUAAGGGCUGAAGUUUUCUUUAAUUGAUGAAUCUUCUUGACGACUGCAUGAGGUUUGAGACGUUCCGGACAACUCGAAGUACAGAACGAGAUAGGCGAGAAGAGAACGCAGUGAAGACAAUCUUGACGAUACAGAAACAAUUCACUAAAAAGCAGUUUGCAGAAUUGCUUUUGGAGAGCUGCAUCGAUUGUGCCAGAAUGGCUGCCAUACCGCAGAGUGCUUUUGCAGCGUGCAAACUUCGUAGGUCCGACGAAUACACGAUUUCUACGAUGUCUGCAACGGAGGAUAAAGGGAAAACUAAGAAGGAAAAUAUAUUUAACGGAAGAUCUUUUGUAGAAGGCUGGGAACUGACGCCGCUGAAGUAUAAUAGCAAACUCAUGAACAGCAUUUGGGGUCUUUAUAAUCGUUAUUCAGUGCACAACUUUAAGAAGAACACUGAUGCCGAGGCAGGAGCUCGCGGUGGGGUGGUUGCAGCAGUCUGGGAUGCAAUUUUGGAAAAUCACUCCCCGGCCGCUAAUGCUACCGUCACUUCGAAGUAGUUACAAAGGUUUACAUAAUAAGAUCCAAGAAGUGGCUUUCAAAUAUUAUAAAAGUGCUUAAAGAUAAUAAUCGACAAUAAGCAAUGAUGUUUUGCAUAAUUACAGCGUAAUAUAAUAUAUAAACAUAUAUAUUCAAACAUACAUAACGUGCGUAUUAUUUGAAAACAGACAACAUAUGUUAAAAACAUGUAAAAAUUUAUAUUUUAUAAAUAUAUGUAUAUAUUUGUGUAUAAUAGGA